UACUGUAUACCCUGUAUACCCCUAUAUAUCCUGUGUACCCAUGUUUACCCUAGUAAUACUGUAUACCCUGUAUACCCCUAUUUAUCCUGUGUACCCAUGUUUACCUUAUUAAUACUGUAUACCUUGUAUGCCCUGGUAUAUCCUGUUUACCCAUGUUUACCCUAGUAAUACGGUAUACCCUGUAUACCCCGAUAUAUCCUGUAAACCGAUUUUUACCCUAGUAAUACUCUAUACCCCGUAUACCCCUAUAUAUCCUGUGUACCCAUGUUUACCCUAGUAAUACUGUAUACCCUCUUUAACCCUUAUUUAUCCUCUGCACCCAUGUUUACCCUAGUAAUACUGUAUACCUUGUAUACCCUUGUGUAUCCUGUUUACCCAUGUUUACCCUAGUAAUACUGUAUACCCUGCAUACCCCUAUAUAUCCUGUGUACCCAUGUUUAUCCUAGAAAUACUGUAACCUUGUAUAUCCUGUAUACCCAUGUUUACCCAAGUAAUACUGUGUACCUUAUAUCCCCCUAUAUAUCCUGUGUACCCAUGUUUACCCUAGUAAUACUCUAUACCUUGUAUACCCUGGUAUAUCCUGUGUACCCAGGCGAUUUAGGUGGAAUGAGAUAUCCAAAUAGGCUUCUUAGUAAGAAUUUGCCCCUCUGUACAUGUAAUUAUCCAUUUUAUAGUGCUUAAAACAGUUUGAAUCACCGGGUUAAUUUUGGCCACUUUAGCUUUGUACUGAUAUAGAGAGGAAUCCAGGACCUUCAGUUUAUGUAGAUGCUACAAAAACAAUUAAUGCUCCAUACUGUCAAGGAAAUGUUACAGGAUUUGGGGAAAAUGGUGGACAACGAUGUGUCGCAAUGAGUCUGUGCGCUUGAAUUAAUUUACAGUAAGAUAACAAAGAUGACUUCAGUUGAUGAUAUAUGACUCAAAUAAUGAUUGUUGGAAUUCAGUUAUAUUCUAGUCUGUCAGUGCUUGCAAGCCAAUCUAUGUUAAUGUUUACAGAAUUGCCAGGAAUGGUUACAGUGUCUGAGCAAUUUUUACUCCUUGAAUAUAGUGAUAGUUAUACUUUUAACAUCCAUCCACUACUGUAUAUGCCACUCACAGGUUACAGCAUUUGAAACACUGAACUACAUCUCAUUCAUUUUAACGGUGGCAAUUAUUGGUGUUGGUAUCUACAGCACUGAGGCUGGGGGAUAUAAUGUAUUUGAUUCUCAUGCUAGAGAUAUGUAUCAUAACAGUCAUAGUGAAGGGACAUGUGUAUUGUUAGAAAUACCAUCCAUGCAUAAAUCAGUACAAUAUUUUCAUACUCUACAUAGGACUGAGGAUAUAUAUGAACUUAAAGGUGUACAUAUUGCCACCUUUGAACCUCAUCUUUUCUCAAGCAAUGUUGAAAAUUGUAGUAUAUCAAAUGUUCAUAGUUACCAAUAUUCCUGUAAACAGUGCUACCCUAUAGCAGUUUAUGCAAUGUGUUACUCUCUUAUUAAAUCCUUGUGGAUACUGGACCUGAGGAACUUUAUUUGCCCUUGUUAGUAACCGGAAUACACUGUACAAAGUGAUGGGUGUGAAAACACAUCGGUCAGUAUCAGUGGAGCUGAGAUAAACCUUACUCUCUGGGCUGUAACCACUUAUGUCCUAUGUUGCAAUUUGGCUCCAAGCAUGUCUGCAUUGAAGAUGUGCAUAAUUUCAAACAUUGUCGUGAAAUGACACUAUUUUUGUUGUGGAUUGGGACAAACUGUAUAAGUUGUGUGGUUCAGCAAACAAGUGGAAUAAAGGAUUUGAGUUCUCUGGUAAGAUAUGAUGACAGUUCUUUAGCUGCAAUAAGGCAUGUUCAAAGUAUCGUACCCUUGGUACGACCACGCCCAAAUAUACGCUCACACAGCGUCUUGUUUUCAAUGGUCUCUAACCGUUUAUUCUGUUCUUACUUACCUUUUCGGAAAUUCCUGUGCACAGAUCUUCUUUUCAGACAUCUCUAAGGGAUUGGAUAUGUUAGAUUACCAUUUAUUAUAUAGACACGAGUGUUUUACAGGAAAAUAUACCACUCGGAAAAUUCAUAAAAACUACAUCCGGGACCCGGGUGGUUUAUUUUCCAUAAUCUCACACGUGAGUUUAUCGAUGACGUAAUUUCGGUAAUUUCCCCCCAUUAUUUAUCGAUGCCUUUUUGUCUAUAUAAUAAAAAGAACAUUACACGGCGGCUUGAAGAUAUGAAUUUCAUUUUCUCGUGGCAAAAACAAUAUUUUACUUACUCGCUGUGCUCGUUCGUAAAAUAUUGUUUUGCCGCUCGAAAAUAAGAUUUAUAUCUUCGCGCCUCCGUGUAAUAUCCUCUAUAUGAUUAUAGACGAACUCCACUUCUUGUUGUGGAACCUGUGCUAUCUGAUUUGAUAUAGUCAGUCUUUUCUGACCAAUAGAACCCAAGCUGUGUGUAUAGGUAAUACCUUGCCUGAGUGGAAACAAACCCAUGGUGACAUACCCCAAGGAACUAAGAUGGGCGUGACCCUGUUCUCAAUUAUGAUAACUAGACUACAGAUAGAUACGUACUGCAGUGUUCAUUAGCAUUUUGAAUUUUGCUUGUUAGAGACACACACAUUUUUUUUUUAUUGAGCAUGAGAUGAACGGUUAAAUCAUAAAGAAAUGGUUAUAAAUUUCAUGAAAUAUCCCAAUAAUAUCAUACAGCCUAUUUGCUUUGGAAACCAUCAGUUAGAGCGGCGUGUUUCGAGAUUUAAAAACUUGGUGUAAAAAUAAGGCUUGAUCUUACAUGGAACUACCACAUUGAUUAUAUUUAAUUGGUAAAGCCGCCAAAUGAUUGUAUUCCUUUAGGGUGCUUAAAAGAGCUGGUGUAGCUGGCAGCAACAUUAUCAAUAUUUAUAAGUGCUCGGUGAGAUCAUCUAUACUUACAUAUGCUAUCCCGGCAUGCAAGAUAUUCCUGAGACCUUAUCUGUUGUUCUUACAAAUAAAGUCAAGACCAAUUCUCGAUAUUUUGUGGGCGUUUUUAAUAAAAUAAUGAUUCUACUCGCGCUUCUUGGAUACUUAAUAAGAUUAUUAUAGCCAACUUGUCGCCAAGCGCCUUGUUGGCUACAACCAUCUCAUCGCAUACGCACACUCGUGAAAUAAUUGUUAAAUUCCAUGUUUACCCAUGUAUAUCUAGUACUAUUAAAUACCCUGUUUUUCUCUGCAAUAUUCCGUUUACCCAUGUAAACUCUAGUAUUCUGUAUACCAUGUAUAUCUAUAUUUCAGCGUACAGUCGGUAUAAUUAAACACAAAAAAUAAUUGAAAUGGAAAGUCGCUAUUUGUAAGAGUAAAUGUUAAACACGGUUGCUGUUUUCAGGGAAAAAAAAAAACAAACAUAAAAGAAUAAAAAAAGAAGAGAGUAGUAGGGGAGGCACCGGUUACGCCGGUUUUUUGCAGAUUUAAUUAACUUUUUGGGCGGUAUAAUUAACGCAGCAUAACAGGUCAGAGCCCCGAUUUUAGUGCGCGUUGGAGGAGGCCUAAUCUCCACAGCAACCACCGCAAAUCGGUUUCCAACAACAACAACAACAUAAGCUUUAUUUGCAUGACUAUAAUUAUGUAGUUACAGUAUUGCAAAAGCUUUAACAUAAAAAAAACAAACAAACAAAAAAACAAAUCAUAACAAUGAUAAUGCAAUGCAAUAAUUACUAUAGUCAAUCAAGUGUCAUCAGCAUGAUUUGAUAACAAAUUAUUACGUAAAUCAUUACAUAAUGAGACAAAUUUCAACAAAUGUGAAUUUACGGAAAAAUUCUGUGAAUUCAUCAAUUUAAUUAUUAAUUCUGUGUAAGAUAGCUGAUUAAAGUCGACAAUAACAGACAAGCGUUACUUUCGUAAUUAGUUUUAAGCAUUCUUUCAGACACCUUUGGAGAGCGCCGGACACAUUGCCUGUCAAGGAACUUUGUACUUCUGAUUAAACGAACCAGACAUCUCAAGGAAACGCGAAAUUUGAUCAGACUAUUUGGGUAUUAUAAAUUCAUUUCACGGUCGAUUGAAAAUUUCGAAGUCGAUCUUCGCGGCUCGCUUCGCAAUUGAUAACUACAGUUUUCUCGCCGCAUUUGGAUUCAAAUAGGCUUGAUAUGCUUUCAAUGGUUUUUUAAGCGCUUUCUUUUAAGAAAGUAGUGCUCCGAUGACUUAUUUAACUUCUUUCAAGAGUAGUAUGCCGUGUCAACAUUGGUGACCUUCGAAGCGAAAACGGCGAGUCGGCGUAUCAAGUUUUUACUGUGGAGCCACAAGUAGGAAUACACUCUCUGCUGGCAAAUCUUUCUCCGGUUUGGAAGGAACUCUGCGUGGGAAAGACCCUGAUUUAAGAAAUUUUUAAAUCUUCUCUAUUUGAACGUUUGAGAAAAGCCGUCAACAAUGCACAUUUUAUAGUCGCCGGUGUAAACGAAUGCGAGAGCUCGAGCUCCACUUCGCAUCUCCUUGAGGAACAGCAAGACCGAUUAUCUGAUUCAAUGGACGACCUUUUUGAUCAAACGGCGAAGGAUUCAAGUCUUUUUUCUCUGGCUUAAGACGAUGUAAGUGUCGAUGCUCCUCCAGUGACAAAUCACUCUCCAAAAAGCCCGCCAAGCACUGUCGAAAUCCCGACAAAAUCUUAUUCGCUGGCAGGAGCCCAAGACGCUGGAUUACUCCAGAUAUUCUAGCUUCCACUUCAACAUCUUCGUGUUCGCUUGGGCGAUCUGUAUAAUCAACGUCACAGAUACAGUUGGUUUCUAUAUCAGUCAUUUUAGCCUCCUUGAAAUGUCAAUCAUAAUCCAAACAUUAUUAUUUCAGGUUACCUUUGUAUUGUUACUUGUUUUUUACUUAAUAGGCCAAAUUAUAGGGCUACCCUCUCCCUCAGAGCUUACAGACGGCGCGCCCAAGAUUCUGAGGUGAAGGUAGUCUCUCUUUUGAAAUGUCGGUCAUAAUCCAAAUAAUCUUUGUAGGGGAUUUUUGUAGUGUCAUUUGUUUCUGAAAGAGGCCAAAUUAUGGGGCUUCCCUCUCCCUCAGAGCUUACAGGCGGCGCGCCCAAGAUUCUGAGGUGAUGGUAAUCUCUCUUUUAAAAUGUCGUUCAUUUAUCCAAAUUAAUAUUGUAGGUAAUUUUUGUAGUGUCAUUUAUUUUUCAAAUAGGCCAAAUUAAUUAUGGGGCUAGCUACCCUCUCCCUCAGAGCUUACAGGCGGCGCGCCCAAGUUUCUGAGGUGAAGGUAGUCUCUCUUUUAAAAUGUCGAUCAUUUAUCCAAAUUAUUAUUGUAGGUUAUUUUUGUACUGUCAUUUGUUUCUGAAAUAGGACAAAUUAUGGGGCUACCCUCUCCCUCAGAGCUUACAGGCGGCGCGCCCAAGAUUCUGAGGUGAUGGUAGUCUCUCUUUUGAAAUGUCGGUCAUUUAUCCAAAUUAUUAUUGUAGCUUAUUUUUGUAUUGUCAUUUGUUUCUGAAAGAGGCCAAAUUAUGGAGCUACCCUCUCCCUCAGAGCUGACAGACGGCGCGCCCAAGAUUCUGAGGUGAUGGUAGUCUCCCUUUUGAAAUUAUAAUUGUAGGUUAUUUUUGUAGUGUCAUUUGUUUUUGAAAUAGGCCAAAUUAUGGGGCUACCCUCUCCCUUAGAGUUUACAGGCGGUGCGCCCAAGAUUCUGAGGUGAAAGUUGUCUCUCUUUUAAACUGUCAGUCGUCAACCAUAGUAUUAUUGAAUUUUCAUUUUCCAGAGUUCAUAGUGGUACCUUCUUUAUAGUUUUACGUGAUUUGUGGCAAAGACAAGACUGGGCUAACAAAUUUAUUCUGCUUUAUGCGUGGUGCGACAAUCACCGUGGCUGGCUGGCCUCCAAAGUUCCUUUAUAAUUUGAACGCUUCUCAGGAGUUCCUUCACUGCUUGUAAUCCAGAAUUGGCGUUUCUCAGCAGCUUGAAGCUCUUGCAUUGCAUCAGUUGUUCCUUGGACGGCGACCUUUUCUUGUCCCGAGUACAAUAUCGAUUCUCGAUUCUCGACUCUUGAUUACCGUAUCUUGCUCGAGCAAGGUUUCGGCAACGGGACCAGUACUAAGACGAUUGUAGGAAAACUGUUAGGUAAAAGAAGAGUGAAAUGGUGGCUUCGGCGCGUUACCUGUCUGAUGCUCGGUAUAUCACUGCCAAACUGCGCAACAGAAUGCGCGAAAAACCCCUCCGGUACUUGAAAAAAAAAAGAAAAAAAACCUGAGCAAUGUAAUUUAGUAACUUAUUCGUGGUGUUCAGCUCCCGGUUUAUUCAGCUUAUUGCCAGUUGUAGGCAAAGUUCACGCGCACAUUAUCGCACUCUAACUGGGUCGAUUGUGAGGAAACUCUUAUGUCAGUCAUUGACUAAAAACCCCCGCGCGUUAAGGCUUUGUGCGACGGACGUCCCUUAGAAAUAUAAAAUGCCCACACUAAUCGCCAAUUCUACUUGCAAAGUGUUGCUGAUUGAGUUGUGUAAUGUAUUCUAGAGUGUAAAUUUUGUACUAACCUCGCAGACAAGGAUGCAAUGAGACAUUUAUUUGCGUAGUUAGGCCUACUAUCCAUUGGGCAAGCAUCCCUUUUAUUUUCUUUCAAUAGCCUGUCCAUGCACUAACCUUUGGGUACAGAAACUAGCUGCCUCUCGCUGUACCAAAACUUAAUAGUUUUGGCGUUCAAUGUUCUUAACGGGUGCUCACAAAACACCGGGACUGCAUCGUGCUUCUUUGGCGCUUUGGUACCCUGCGAGCUUUGGUUCAUCGCGUUUUGAAAGAUGGAAAUUUUGAUAUUCCCGCGUAAAAGAAGACCGAUAAAACGUGUCUUUCAUUGACUACAGUGAAACGCCCGGAAAUGAAGGAUGUUUUGAAAGAAACGGGAAAACUGAUAAAAGUAAAUAUUUGUUUUGAUAGGUGAAAUUAAUGAGAAAUAACCAUAAACUAGUUUUGUUUUCUUGUUUGUUAAAAGCGGUUUGUCUGGUACCAGAUUUGCACAAUUACUUUCAAUAAAACAUGGAUCAGGUUUUGUUAAUUAUGACAGAAUGUGAUUAAAAAGCAUUAUGUUGACAGCUGCAAGUCACAUGUUUGCCUUAAGCUGCGAGUAUCCCGCCAUGUUUUAAACAAAGGGCCUCUGACCAAGCCGGCAUUCUAAUCCGCCACAAAUAUGUGAAGCACGCGUCUUUCAAAGUCGCCUAGUACUUAAAAUCGGGGCUCUGCCCUCUUAUGCGACGUCAUGCAGCUCAUUAAGAUGGGAUGAUGUCAUCGUUUAAAAUUAAUGCCGAUGACGUCAUGCACCAUUAAGAUAGGAUGAUGUCAUAGUUUAUUUUUAGCUGGCAAGGAGCAAGUGACGUCAGAAUACCCUAGGGCUUGACGUAAUAAGAAAUUGUUAAGAUCAUAAUCUAUAAAUAGAAAAGUGAUUUUUUGAUAUAAUCAGCAAUUUGCUAUAGUCUUCUGAUUGGCAAAUUUUAACCAUGCUAUCUUUGCAGAUUAUACUAACUGAAAAAUCUUUAAUUAUUAAAUUAUUUUCAUUAAAUAUCAGUUAUAAACAAAACCAAGACACAGAGGUUAACUGAGAAAUCGUUACUUCAAAAGUAGGAAAAAGGAGGUUAUGCGAAUGCGAAAUCGUACUAAUUCUUCGGGCAAAAAGGGAAAAUGAGGUCGAAGCGCAGCGAAGCGAAAAACUGCCUUUUAAGCAAAAACAAAAGCAGAGCAAAAUACUGUGUCUUCGCUGUAUGUGGUCUAACUGAUGAACAUCCGCGAGAUGGUUAGCUAAUCUGACAAGGUACUUCGCCCCGCACGAUAAAAUCGGACAGUUUCUGCAAACUCUCUUGUAAACCAUGUUCAAAAAACGCUUGACAGUUCGAUGGCUGAACACAAAUGUCAGGUUAUACAGAGUAUUACAAAGGCCAAACACAGGUCAAAAAGGCCAUAACCAGGCCUGAAAGGCCAAAACCAGGCCAAAAGGGACAAAAGGAGACAAACGGGCCAUUUAUAGUCAUGUGUCUUUAUUUUCUCAAACACAUGGGCGGGUGUCGCGCGUCGCUAGUCACGCAGCAGCUCUCAACAUCGGAAUCAUCAUCUUUAUUCAGUGUAAUCACAAAUAACAAUGCCUAAUUAAAAGAGUUUUCACUGUUUUGAAUUAAUUUUGAAUUAGUAAUUGGUAUGUUUUUAUUGAAAUGAAACAAUACAAAGGUCCAGCAAAUAAAAAAUUCUGUACCAUUCAUAGCUGGUCUAGUCUUGAUCUUCGUUUGGCCCUUUUUUAGCCUUGCUUUGGCCCGUCUGAUAUUCUAAAUGACUGGUCGAUGUAAGAUCGAUUAUUAUUAUCAAGAAGAACGCUUAGUAACCCCGCCCUCACCAAUUUUCUAUAAAAGAGACGCGUUACUUUCUGGUGUUUAGUUUCCUAUCAGAACGCAUGCGGUUCAAACCAAAAGAUGUGGAACAGUAACCUCCAUUACAAACUUAUUCAAAAAGGUGCUGGAAAAUAUGAAGACAGCGAAGAAAGCGAAGAAAGCGAAGUCUCUAGCCAAGGAACAGAGUCUUCCCAAGAAGAAACGGAAAGCUUGGAGCAUUGGUCACGCAUAUUUGAUGACGCCAAGAAACGCCAUGGGACCCAGAUCAACUCAAUCCCAUUGAUCAAUGAGUACGAAGGGAACGAAGAUUCAGAAAAUGUGGCCCGCGUGAAAGCCGAGAACGCUCUUCUUCCUGUUUACAGAAAAGAGUCGAGAAAAGUACUCUUAAAGAAUCUACAGUGGAUGCGUGCAAUGAAACAGGAUCCCAACUUAAAAAAAGUGAUGGAAACUCAAAAAGAGCUUAAAGACACAGGGUGGAAUCGACAGAACUUGCUAUAGAUAAGCGAAAAUUCUUACUCAAGCGAUUGUACGAAAAGCAGCCCAUUCCAAAAGAUCAAGACUAGACCUACUAUGAAUGUUACAGAAUUUUUUUAUUCCCUGGACCUUUGUAUUGUUGCAUUUCAACAAAAACUGUAAACAACCAAACUUUAAGUGUGUUUCAUUGAUGACUUGAUCAUAAUAACAAUAAAAGUAAACUUGUGCAAUAAAUGACAAAUCUGAAAUUCGAAAUACCAGUCAAUUAAAGGAAGAACAAAACUUUUUAAUUAGGCACUGUUAUUUGUGAUUACAAUUAAUAAAGAUGAUGAUUCUAAUAUUGAAAGCUGUUGUGUGACUAGCGACGCGCCACACCCACGCGUGUGUAUGAGAAAAAAAAGACACAUGACUGAAAAUGGCCCGUUUGUCUCCUUUUGUCCCUUUUGGCCUGGUUUUGGCCUUUCAGGCCUCGUUAUGGCCUUUCUGGCCUGUGUUUGGCCUUUCUAAUACUCUGUAUAACCUGACUAUUUGCGAAAUAGAAGUCAUUUGUGUUCAGCCAUCGAACUGUCAACAGUUUUUUGAACAUGGUUUACAAGAGAGUUUGCAGAAACUGUCCGAUUUCAUCGUGCGGGGCGAAGUACCUUUUGUCAGAUUAGCUAACCAUCUCGCGGAUGUUCAUCAGUUCUAAAUGUCGCGGGUCGCGACUCGCGGGUAGAGGUCGCCGGUGCGGGGAAAGGUUGCGGGUAAAAAUAAAUCACCAAAUUUAACCAAAAGAUAAAAUAAACAACAAAACACAAAUUUCUUUUUUUUAAUUUUCUAACGAAGACUAGUCAGCAGCGCACACGUUUCGUCUCUUACUGAGACUUCUUCAGGGAAUGAAUACAACUAACAAAGAACUGCAUAUAAAACACGUUGUCCGCGAAGUAAAAAUUCCGAUAGAAGUGAAUAAUAACUUAACUAGCUGUAAACGGACGUUACAAGAAACCCCUUAAUACAUAUGUUUUUGCGUGUUGUCAUAUUUCGGGGGCCAUGCGAUCAGCGCUAAUCGUAUGGCCCCCCAAAACUCAACGGAACUAUCGGACUCCAUCAGGAUAAAGAAUCGAUCGAUCGAAGUAAACCUUGAAAUGUUCUUGCUUUUUGUCACUCUGUGAAAUCAGAACUAUGAAUGAAAGUUUUACCCACCUGCACAGGGAUUGUUGCCGUGAUCAAGCUGCCAGUAACGUGGGAAAAUUAUAUUUACCACGAUGGCAAAUUCUUUCGUGCGACCGCGCCAAAAUUGAGCACGAACGACGAAUGACAACUAUCGAUUCAUACUUUUUGCUGAGGAAUUAAGUACACGCAAGUCGAGUGUAGCUAAAUGUCGUGGGUCGUGGGUAGUGGGUAGAGGUCGUGGGUCGUGGGUGUGGGUCGCCGGUCGUGGGUGUGGGUGUGGGUAAAUGUCGUGGGUAAAAAACGUAUAGAAAAAAAUGACAAAGUAAAGUAAUUGAAAAAAAGAAAUAAAUAGAAACAAGUUGUGAAAUAUUUAUGAAAUGAAAAUCUCAAGCUCCUUGAUUGCCUUUUUCGUCACGGCCUCUUCUUCGUUCUCUUCCUGACAUUUCCUAAGCUACGUGGGACUUGGCUCCCCUUUCACAACAUCACUGUAUAAAAGACAUGUUGUCGAUGAAGAUUUAUCCAUACCUGAGCAGUCGCAGCGAAAUAAACGAAACAGACGUAAAUUAUACCUGCAAUUGGCAGAAAGUAUGGGACAGCUCUGACUCCCUGAAUGGAAAUGGCUGCUCACUAUUCAUCUUUAUUCGAUCUACAAUUCCAGUGAUCAGCGGAGAUUUUUUAACAGGAUGGAAUGCGAUCACCGUGAGAAAGGGGAGGGAAAAAGGACAAUUUCGAGGUAAUUCAUAUUUUUGGAUAGAAUUCUUUCUUAAAGAAGUUUUAGGUCUCUUAUCUUACGAAGGAAACACCUUCAUUCCCAACAUUUCAAGUUAAGGCGAGACAGUGUGUAAAUUUUAUUGCCGUACGGAAAUACAAUUUUCGAGAUUCUUUUUUUUUUUGUUUUGUGCACAAACUCUUUACUGUACCGAUUCGAAAAAUCAUUCCUUAAACUGAAAGGACGUUUCAGUCACGAAUGUUGACAUCUUUAAGAAAGAGCAGUUCAGUCUCCAGCGUUUCUCUAGCCUGCUCCAGGUCUACAUAGUGUACAGAGGUUCUUUUAUUUUUCACUUAAUUAAAUGCCUUUUUAGUGCCCGUUCGCUUCUUUGUUUUGCUGACCCCGGGGAAGGGGAAUAGGACUGGUUUGUACUCGGAGAUUUUCGUUUCAUGGAUUUUACAACUUUUUGCUUUUGAAUUUUUGAAUUUUUAUUUUUUUGGAAGACAUUUUUUUACUCACGACAUUUACCCACACCCACGACCCACGACCUCUACCCACUACCCACGACCCACGACAUUUAGCUACACUCACGCAAGUCUCAUAAAAAAUCUAAGCUGUAUUUUCGAUUAACCAAAUUAUGUCUUUCAUAUAUACGUAGGGUAAAAACCACUUCUUUUAAGUGGACAAGUCACAUAAGCUGACACUGUGAACGCUUACACUGAAUAACGAAGGGGUCAAGUAGAGAGAGAAAACAUAGGGGUUGGUCAAAGAUGUAGUUCAAGGGGAGGGGAGAUUGUUUUUAUCUUAGAAGUAGCCACCUUUGUAAGAUUUUGCUGGAGGUCUUAAUCAUUUCUUUUUGUCUAAUUUCUAGGGCCCGUUGUUGGAAAAACAAAAAAAUUUCUAAUUGAAGUAUUAUAUGGUCUUCUUAAAUGUAAUAACUAUUUCUAACUCUUUCACUCGCAACAUGGUAAUGAUCAAAAACCAACUGGCAGAUUACGCAUUUAUGCCCCUAAAAUAGUUUUAUUUGUGUUGGGUUGCAGAAAAAAGAAAAUAAGAAGUAUUAAUUAAAGUAAGUUUUUCAUUCCGAUGGGGUUUCGGUGGGGGGCACUGAAUUUUUACACUCCCUUUUCAAUACACUUCGCUACUACAUAUAGGUAACAUAGAGGUCAGCAGAGGGCCAACUACCUUUGUAAUAUAGCAACUUUAAGUACCCUUAAACCCUUGGGAAUACAAGAUAGGAGAGUGGGUGCAAUCCCCGGAAGGUUUUUUUGAAUCAACCGUCAAGACAAGUCAUCACAGAUCCACACUUGGCGUCGGAGCGGCAGCUCGUGCGCAACACCAGAACCAUAAAAAAACUGAAUGACUUUUGAAAAAGUCAUGCAGUCUGCAAAACAGCUACAUAAAAUGACUACUUCAAGCUAAAUUCAAGCUUUGGAGAGAACGUGAACCUCAAAUACUUGUCUUUUCUCUAUCAAAACUUGAACCUCCCAAACGCAGGUAUCUCGGCUACUUGGUGCAAAUUUAUCAAGCCAAUGUAGUUUUAAGCGUGUGGAUUUUUCUUUAACGACUUUUUCCUUUGUAUCACCCUUAGUUAGGUUUAAAUAACUAGACUCCUCGUUAUGACCGGUGAACCAAAAGAAAAGUAUUGCAAAUCUUCUUUGAAACAUAAUCAAAUUUCCCUUUAUUUUAUUGUUAAAUUUGGUGAUUUAUGUUUACCCGCGAUCCUAACCUGCACCCGCGACCUUUAACCGCACCCGCACCCGCGACCUCUACCCGCGAGUCGCGACCCACGACAUUUAGACAUACUCCACAAAGCGCAAGAAACAAAGAAAGUCGAACUCUUGGCUUAGAGGCCAUAGGAAAAUUGUGUAGACACGGAAGGAAAGUUUUUAAAACGGUAUCUCUCUUGUGGUUUUAUUGCUAGCAAUUAUUAGUCGCGUGUUCAAAUUCAUCCUUGUUAAGUUAUUUAAAAGUGUUUAUAUAAUAAUACGUCAAGGUGCUCCCUUGGGUCUAGCUGUAGGGAUCACCUAAUUUGUAUUGAAGUUUGGGCGUGUGAACUCGCAUAAUUAACUGACUAACGGCGCGAGAAUUUUACAAGACCUUGAGCCCAUCAAGCGCUGAGACUUCAAUAGUUAGGGCCUGUUUACAUGGGGUGGGGGACCCCGGUCUAGUGGGGUUGGUUUCUUUUGUUUUCACGCUCUGGGGAACACAAAACAAAAGAAACCUUCCCACAUAUCAUGUAAACAGGGUCUUAGUCGUUUCCUCGAGAUGGAACGGAGAAAACGCUUUUGUAAUGGUGAUUCAAAAUUGAAAUAGAGAGUUUUCAGCUCCACUUUGUGUAUGUGUGUGUUUGUUUUGUUUAUAUAUGCGAUUUUUAGCGCUAAAUAAGAAGACACGUGUUGCUAGGUGAUCGUAGCUCUUAUUCCAAUUUUUUUUUCAUUAGUUACUCAGUGUUCUCACCAGGAUUUUGCCUUGGGGAGUCCCAGGGCCCCCUCUUCUGAGAAACAGGGGCCCUGUAAGAACAUUAGGGGGACAAAGUUACAAAAAACAUGCGGUACGAAGAACCUGAGCCCGCACUCCAAAUUGUCUGUUACAUGAAGUACCUACCUGAUCCAAUAUGGCAGAAGAGGUGUUUACGAUUCGGAGGAGGAGUUUAGACGUGCGUGGGACCAAUGAAAGUAAAGGCAACAAAAUUAAAGACUUUGACUCAUUUGAUAUCAUGUUUUUUAUUUAUUCAAACAAACAGAAUGCUUUAGUGUUAGGUUGACCAUUAAAACUACUUAAGUCCGUUUGACUCGUAGCUUGCCCCUGCGCCCUAACGGGCGCAUCUUCUUGGUUUUAAUGCGCCAUUUCAGUUUUUCUUGCGGGAAUCCCGCAAGGCCGCGGCCUGGUGAGAACACUGGUUACUAGAAUGGAGUUUAUUCAAGAACCAGAAAGAGUUAGGGUUUACUUUAGAACCACCUGUUGUUUUCUAUAGAAUUUUCAUACCCUGUGCAAGUCAAGUAAACAAAGAUUGACAUUUUUGCUUGAUAGGCAGUUUUUCGCUUCGCUGCGCUUCGACCUCAUUUUCAUGAUUUGCCCGAAAAAAAUUGGUACGAUUUCGCAUUCGCAUAACCUCCUUUUUCCUUCUUUUGAAGUAAAGAUUUUUCAGUUAUCCUCUGUGUCUUGGUUUUGUUUAUAACUGAUUUUUAGUGAAAAUAAUUUAAUGAUUAAAGAUUUUUCAGUUAGUAUAAUCUGCAAAGAUAGCAUCUUCAAAAUGUGCCAAUCAGAAGACUAUAGCAAAUUGCUGAUUAUAUCAAAAAAUCACUUUUCUAUUUAUAGAUUAUGAUCUCAACAAUUUCUGAUGACGUCAAGCCCUAGGGUAUUCUAUUAGUUGCCAGCUAAAAAUAAACUAUGACAUCAUCCUAUCUUCAUGGAAUGCAUGACGUCAUCGGCAUUAAUUUAAACGAUGCCAUCAUCCUAUCUUAAUGAGAUGCAUGACGUCAUCUGCGUUAGUUUAUACCGCUCAAAAAGUAAGUUAAAUCGUAAAAAGCCGGCGUAACCGGUGCCUCCCUCACUACUGGAGAGGAUGAAAAAGAAGAAGAUGAUGAUGAUGAAGUUGUUAUUUACAAAAUCACAUGUCCUGAUUGAACAAAAUUAUAAUUAGCUAUCACGACUUUUGCCUGUCGAUAUAGAGUAUAGAACGAAUCUUCCAGCAAUUCUCCAUUUUAUAAUGGAAUUUAAUUUGAUAAACUAUACUAACAGUUUCCACUUUAUAUUCAAUCAGGUGGAAACACAGACCACAAUGUAUGAUCAACGAAGUUUAUUGGUUAGCAGAUCUAACUGUUGGCUGGCUCCGAGCUGAAGGAAAGACUGAGUGAUCUGAAAGGCGAUUUUGUUUUAAGCAACUGACUACUUUGCCCAUUGCCCAUCAUACCCUAAGGUGAUUUUGGCGCCUUAAAAGAAUAAUAUGACUUUUCCACAAUAGGCCUUUAAAAUUCUUAUUUGGAUUCUUAAUACACUGUAAAUUGUUUCAAAAGCUUUUUUUUUCUAAGUAUAACGGUCGAAGUCAAGAUUGCUCAGUGUUUACCAUAUUUCUGUAGAUGGUACCAUCCGAUACGGUAAUAGAACAAUCAGUCCGAAUUCCCUUGGUUAUCAAGAACUGA